GAUGAUUUGCAGAAGAAAAUAAGAAAUGGCUGGAGGUUUGGAAUGGUCACGCAGUGUACAGCCACUGCUGACCACCUCCCAUUCAGUAUUGGACAAAAAUGACAUCCCAGAGAUAGUCAAGACAAUCAUUAAAAGUGAAACAGAUAUACUUGAGCAUGAAGACCAGUAUGAACAAUUCUACUCGUCUUUUGUGGCUCUGGCUACACAUUAUCUUAGCCAUAGCCUUACAGCAGUUCCCAAGACCAGCUGGAACAAUUUAUAUGAAGCAUGUAAGAUAUUGAUGAAAUAUUUACUGGAUAGGCUACAGAAUUAUAAUGAAGGGUGUGCCAUCACACAGAAAAUGCAGAUGUUCCUGUUGAAGAGCUUAUGCACAGGGGCGACCAGUAUGUCUAAAACAGAUAUAUCAACAUUUACAGCAAUCCUCAAGUUUGCUAAAGUACCAUCAAUUGUUAGAACAGAAACAGACACAGAAACAACAGCUGUGCAGGUUAAAGAAACUCCAAAUCGUUCAAGACUUGAUAUUGGUACAGAUAUCUUUGAUCAGCUGACUUCAGCAUUCAACGAUCUGAGUCUGACGAAAUCUCAGAAAAGUGAUACAGGAGAAGACGAACAUGUUGAUGCUGAGAUCAAGGAUGAAUUCAAAGAAGAAACAAAAAUGACUUUUGGAAAAAGAAAUUUGCACUCUUUACAACAGUUAGAUGGAGGGAAGACAUUAGUAGAUGUUUGUAGUAGACUAACAUUUCUAGGCAGGUACAAGGAAAGAUACAGAGAUGCUAUUGGUGGAGGCUCAUUCAUACUCCCUAACACUCUGUCAGAAGCCCUUACCAUGAGAAAUAGCUUUCUGCCAUUGCUGAAUGAAAUUUCUAUAGUAUGGAGAGCUUUUUCUCUACCAAUCCUGGAACCACUGACACCCAAAAGAAUGGAGAAUAUUGUGACCGUAAUGAUGAGUUGUUUAUAUGCCUCUUUAAGUGUGGCUGUUACUAACACUGUCAUAGCUAUGACCAGUACUGCCCCUGUAAAACCAGUAACAGGGAAGGAAGAAGAAAAUGAAAACUAUGGAUGUAGUAUCAUACAGAAAAGUUUGGAGAUUUUUGGUAUUGUAACCAGUGCUGUGAAAAGUUCAUCUAGAGCUGGUGGUAAUGUGGCACAAAAUGUGAAUCUGAUGGCUGCUUGGUUAUUACUGAAAGGUCUACAGAACAUUAUAUCACUCACACCAGCUGUAAUACUGGAGAGAAAAGAUUCAAAGCAAAAAACUGACACUAAAUCCAAAGACUGUCGUCCUAAUUCUGCCAAAAGUUCCUUCCAAGGUUUUGGAGCUGUAUCAGUAGCCCUGGCUAUCAAGGCAUUACGUUUAGUUGAGGAACUAAUGAAUGACUUACAAUUAGAAGGAUUUUAUCAAGAUAUGGGUGUGUCAUCCUCAGGCAGUGGUUUAGAUUUUCCUAUCAUGCAGUCACAAACAGCUUGGCGGAGAGUACAAAAGUUAUUAAGCAAUAUUCCACUGGUAGACUUGUUAUUGAGUUUGGUUACAACUUCUUUUAAAAAGGCAUGUCUAUUGAGAAGGCUUAAACUAGGAUCAGAGACAUCAGAGGCAAGUUCUAGCAGUGCCUCAGAUUCAAUCACAUUCUACGAGGAUGAUUUUAGUAGCUCAGAAGAUAGCAGUGAAGAGGAAGAAGAAGAUGCAGCAGAGUCUAUACUUGGACAUUGGAUGGAGGAGACAAUGUGUCCCUCAGAGACCACAGACUCGCAGGCCCCACCCCCUGUACCUGCAAGAGUAGAUGUACCAACUGAAGGAAAGAGAUCCAGAAAGAUAAGCUCAGGGGACAGCCCUGUGUUUAUACCUGACAAAAGGGAACCAGCAGGAUUUGUUAACCUUGCUGCUGAUUUCUUGAACUUCAUCAAUGUGUAUUUUGUAACUACAACUGACUCAGAACUACAGAAAACACUGAAGAAUUGUUUGAAUGAAGACCAUAUGAGCAACUUAUCAACUGUUAUUAAAGAACUGGAUAAAGAGACCAUGAAAGUUGGAGCUGAUAAGACUUUUGAGAAUUUAUCUGUUUCAUUAGCCAGACUGAACCACAGUCUCAUAGCCACUGGGUGUCUUAGUGAGAGAUUGCAGGAUGUCCUAUUAGAACAAUUGAAUGUUAGUCCCAGUGCAGUAGACCCUUGGCCAUUAACAGUUCAUCCAAGAACACUUAGUGUCUUAGCAGAGGUCAUACUCUUAAAACAACAAAAAGAAAGAGAAUCUAAGACAUUGAAAAGUCAAAGUGAGGCUGCUGUUAUCACUAUUUGGGUCAGGUUCAUGACAACAUUGAAGAGUGCCAUCAUUAAUUUUGAUAAUGUCACAGAGACCUGUGAAGAUGUAAAUGUGGAGCACAUACAGCUACUGAUCUUCCUGUUCCACAGCCUGCCAUUGAUGCAGAAGAAAUCUCUGUUGUUACAACUGGCACAGAAUAUCAUAGCUAUCUCUGAACUGGAAUCCAGAAAACUGGAGAAGAUGGUACCAUUGCUUCUGUCCAGACUGGUGUUGAUAUUUGAGUAUUUACUUCAUUACUUCUACGACCCACCAGAUGAACUUAUGGAACAGGUCAGGUGGAACUUAUUUACAGUUCAUACAAUGAAACAGGAAGGUGAUAAGCCACUGGCAUCUCUUUACUUUGCCUGGGAUGAUAUAGAAAAAAGAUACCGUAAAAAUCUUACUGCACAGGAAGCAAACGAAGUUCUGAAGCCAAGAUUUUAUAACAUAGGACCAAUAGAAAUAAGAAGUCAAGAUGCACCCAAAGUAGAUGGAUUGGCAUGUAGUUUCCUGUUGGCGACAUCUGACUGCAUGAGUUACAACUUACUAUAUGAUGCCUGCAUCUCUCUUUUAAUGGUUGGCAGCAAAGUGGACAAGACCAAGACAAAGUUGACACUACUGGACUCUGUGUCGAGACAUAGUCAUUUUCUGAUUACCUGGAGACUGCUUUCCUGUUUGCCUCCUUCUAUACAGUAUCUAAGACUACUAGAAACUGGUACUUUACAAAUGAGCAAUGGACAUGUCUUACAUACACUCAGAUGGACACCUAGAUGUGGACAGAAAGUUUUUAUAAGCUGGAUAAAGGAUUGUCUUGUUAAACAAGGACUAACAACACAACAGUCUGAUGCACUGUUAACAGCUGUAAACAAACUGGCUAAUACGGUCAACUUCGAUAUCCGUCUGGCCAUGAACUUUAUACAAGACCAGAUUGCAGUAUUACCAUUUGUAGAAAACACUGAGGUCUUACCAUUGUCAGAAUUACCCAGUUUAUUUUCUUGCCUCAUGUUAGACUGUGUUAUAGCUAAAAUACAGGUCUCAUUGGAUGAAACAUUCGCAAAAGCAAUGGACGAUAUCGAUCCAAAUAAAACUAUGGAAAUUGCCCAGGAUUUAAUACCAGCUACAUUACUACUUCUUGAGGCUUAUGGUGUCUUUGCAAGAUCCUGUAUUUUGGGUAAACUGCACUGUGAAGAGGAUGGAGAACUUCAAGUAACAAAUAAACAACAGAAGGCCUAUGGUAUAGUGAUGAGUAUUGGAUCAACAAAUCAUUCCACAACAAUGUUACUGGCUAGGGAAAUAAUGGCUACUUUACCCAGGAAACUAUCACAGGCCAUUGAUAAAUGGACAACAUCUACAAAAGUUGUCUUCCCUGGAAAUGCAUCAUGGAAGGGAGAUUACAGUAAUGAUUUGAUACCAGCUGAGAGCUACAUAGAAGCCAUUCUGAGUUCACACAUAGAGACUAUGUCAGUAGAAGCUACCUUCAGUGUGGACAUGUCAAUCAGACAUAUGCUGUCAUCACUCGUCAAGUUUGCAUCGGAUUUAACUACAUGGUGUCCAGACACAAACAGUAGUAAAGAAAUGGUCAGAGUUAUGUUUCCAUUGACUGUAGAGGCUGCUGCUGUCUCCAUGGAUGAAAUGGUUUGGAUGUCUUUGGAACGUUUCUUAGGACCAGCUGACGGUGAAGAAUACUUAGAAAAGACUUUUUACUAUUGUAUAUCUGUUUGUAACAAUUUGAUUGUGAAUUAUUCUGACACAGAAUUUGGACUAGAAGAAAAGGUUUUCAUAGAAUGCCUGAAAUUUAUGGAGAAUCACCUGGAAUCUAAGGCAGAAAGAAAGGCUUUUGAAAAAUUCUUCACCGAAAAAGGAGAUUUAACCACACUGCUGCUAGGAGCCUCCAGGAAGAAUUUAUCUUCACAAUUUUCAACAUAUAUUUUGAAGUUUUUGAACAGAUUGUUGACCUUAGCUGAGAAGAAUUCCACUGAUACAAGCUAUGAAGUUCUGUGUGGAACCCUAUCUAAGCUGACAGAAGUAGACAAUUUAACGCUACAGAAAUGGCUGUCAAAAAUGAUUGUUUCUUCCCAGAAGGAAGACGAAGAAGAAAAGACUCUAAGAGAAAACAGAAUGUUAUUGAGAAAUAUCACUAUCCAUAUUGUCAAGGAAAAAAGUUCAGUGAGUGAGAAGGUUGCUCUGGCUAUAUUGUCAGCUAUGAUACCCAUGGGAGAAGUGAUACUAAGUAAAGAGAAGGACACGUCAGCUUUCCCUGAACUGAUGAGUGUGAUGCAGACGCUAGCAGGGGCAGGACACGGUGUAGGACAUAAAUCUCUUUUCCCAGCAGCCACAGGAUGGCUAGAAAUAUGUAAUCAACAAUUAUCAGAGAAGGAAGUCUUGGACAGUUUGACAGACAGUGGCAACAAAAGGAAGGCGAUAUUGGACACCAUUUGCUGUUUGCUGUCAUACAUAGGAGAUAUUCUUAGUGCACUGAAAAGAAACUCGGAAAAGAGUGGACUUGUACCAUCAGACGAUGCUGAUACUACUGCUGUAGUGGAAGCUGAUAGUGAUUGGGCAGAAGAUAUAGCACAAGAAGAUGAAGAUUCAGCAGCAGAAGAUUCUGAUGAGGAAUCACUGAACAAUAAGUUAUGUACUUUUACAGUAACACAGAAAGAGUUCAUGAAUCAACAUUGGUAUCAUUGUCAUGAUUGUAAGAUGGUAGAAGGAGUUGGAGUUUGUACAGUUUGUGCCAAGGUAUGCCACAAAGGUCAUGACCUCACUUAUGCUAAAUUUGGAUCAUUCUUCUGUGAUUGUGGAGCCAAGGAUGACAGCACCUGUAAGGCACUAGUGAAAAGAUCAUCACAAGUUGGAAUGGAUACUAAUGACAAUAUGAAUUCACAGUCCCCAUUCUCCAUGGACAAUAUUUUGCCUAGUAGUCUUCGACGUCGUAUGUCAGCCACAGGAAUGACAGAAAAACCUACCAGUAUCAACAAAGUGGCAGAGCAGGUCAAUAAAGCUAGAGAGGCUCUCUGUAAACAAGUGGAAGGUUGUAAAGAAUUGUUACUUAAUCAGUUGGAACAGUCACAGACAGUGAAAACAGUAUUAACCAUGUUGGAGACUAUUCUGCCAACAUUGACAGAGAAUUACCAGAAGGUAUCACCAAUGGGUAGUACAAAGAGGGCACAGAAAGCAUUACAUGAUCUACAUAACUUACCAAAAACUACAGAAAAUACAGAAAAUCUUAUGACUGUUACCCUUGGAUCCCAGGAAGGUGCGUUUGAAAAUGUACGGAUGAAUUAUAGUGGAGAUCAAGGACAGACAAUUAGACAAUUGAUCACUGCUCACAUGAUUAGAAGAGUUGCCAUGUGUGUAUUGGCAUCCACCCAAGGAAAGAGACAACAUCUAGCUGUCAGUCAUGAGAAAGGAAAAAUAACAAUCCUGCAGUUGUCAGCUUUAUUAAAGCAGGCUGAUUCUAGUAAAAAGAAAUUAACCCUGACAAGAUUGGCAUCAGCACCAAUUCCAUUCACAGUGCUGUCUAUAACUGGUAAUCCAUGUAAUGAAGAUUUCCUGGCUGUGUGUGGAUUAAAGGAUUGCCAUGUAUUGACAUUUACCAGUGCUGGAUCUGUAGCUGAUCACUUGGUUCUCCAUCCUACACUUACUACAGGAAACUUUAUCAUCAAGGCGAUCUGGCUACCAGGAACACAAACAGAACUAGCUAUUGUUACCGCAGAUUUUGUCAAGAUAUACAAUCUUGGAUCAGAUGCACUGAGUCCACAAUAUUUCUUUUUGCUGCCAAGUGGUAAGAUCAGAGAUGCAACCUUUGUCACCACAGAAGAUGGAUGUCACAUGGUUCUAAUGGCUUCUACAGGAUACAUCUACACCCAGGUCCUAGAGGAGACCAGUAGUGCUAAACAUGGACCAUUCUAUAUCACUAAUGUGUUAGAAAUUAACCAUGAUGAUUUAAAGGAGACUAAUGGUAACGUAGCAGGUGGAGGCGUGUCUGUAUACUAUUCCCAUGCAUUACAACUACUGUUUUUCAGUUAUGCUCAAGGAAAAAGUUUUGCUGCCACAGUGACAAAAGACUUGUCAGUAACUUCUCUCUUGUUCCAGAUUAGUCUUAAAAGUAAUGGCACCAGCAAGGGUAGUAACAGCAGUCAGCCUUUGGUCCAAUGGUCUGAGGUUCCAGGUCAUGUUGGACUAAUGUACUGUAUGACACAGAGCACCAACAAUCCUGUGGUCCUUAUGAUCAAACCAGAUGCUAUUUUGGUCCAGGAAAUUAAAGUUGUUCCUGCAAAAGCCAAGAUUCAAGAUGUUGUAGCUAUCAGACAUACUGCAUCUAAUUCAGAUCAGCAAAGAACCACUAUGAUUCUGUUAUGUGAAGAUGGAAGUUUAAGAAUAUACAUGGCCAACACAGAGAACACUUGUUACUGGCUCUCUCCCUAUCUUCAACCACAAAGUCCAAUUGCUGUCCUUAAGCCAGCCAAAAAGAAGAAGGUUACCAGAUCAGGACAUACUACAGGAUCUGUGUCGUUCCCUGUAGAUUUCUUUGAACAUUGUUAUCAGACAAAUGACAUUGAGUUUGGAGGAAAUGAUUUAUUACAGUUGUAUAAUACACAACAGAUUAAACAUAGACUGACAGCCAUUGGGAUGUAUGUGGCAAGCACAAAGCCAGCUGGAUUUACUAUAGAGAUCAACAAUACAAAUGCUACAAAUGUCAUGGUUGGAUUACGUGUACAGAUUGGGACACAGAGUAUCGAGAGAGUACCCUCUUAUCUGGAGAUCUUCAGUAGAUCUGUCCCAGUAACAUUAACUAAAGCUAGAUGGUAUGACUUACCCUUCACCAGAGAAGAAUCAUUGACUGCAGAUAAAAAAGUGACUCUGUUUGUUGGAGCCAGUGCUGACUCAGGUGGAGUAACAAUGGUGGACUCCAUCAAAGUUUAUGUAAAAACAAAGGAAUCAUUUGGAUGGCCUGAGGAAACAGAUGAAUUCCCAGAAUCCUCUGUUUCAAAAGUUUUACAACAACAAGGUGUUGUUACAGUGACUGAGAGUGAAACAGUUUCAUUUGCUCCACUACCAUUGACAUGUGCUGACAGAUUAUUAGGAAGUGCAUUAGAAGUUUUAGAUGGAGCAUUUGUUAAUACAUCAGCCAGUGACAAGGACCCUACAAGAGAGACAGCUCUGACUAUAGCUACAAAGUUAUUGACUUUGCCAACACCACCAAGUGUACAACAGCAUACCAAGUCACUGAUGGCUUCAUUGUUUCCUAACAUGGCUUCUUACUACAAUCACAAGGAUCAGGCACAGUUAGUUCAUGUAAUGGACAGUUUAUCAAAAGAAGAGCUGGAUUUGGAUGUGGAAGCUUAUCAGAGACUACUGGUUACAGCCAGAUCUGUAGCAGUUGCUAGAGCAAGUAAUCUUGUCAAGUUUGCUGAAACAGGAACCAGUGCAAAGGAGGAAAUUUUGGAAGUGACAGACUUAGAGGAAGAGAAAGAAGUGACAGCUAGCUGGUCUGUAUCAGAUUCUAAAGAUAGUCGUCACUUUGUCACCAUGUUGACUGAAGCAUUCUGGAAGUUACACAGUGCUAAACCUGCUAAUUCUAUGCUAGCACCUGUCUGUUUACCUGGACUUUCCCAUGUAGAUGCCACAGUUAGUGCCCUUGUAGAGAUAAUCAAUGCAUUUACUUUAUGUGACCUGGAUACAGCUAACCUCGCCACCAAGUUGUAUGUUAGAUUCUUAAUGAGUCCUGUACAGACAGUGAGUUUUGCCUGUAAACAAGCCAUCAUUAGAUCUCUGAGACCAAGACACAGAAGGAGGCGUGUCUUUAUACCAUCACCACCUAGAUGUAGUUCUCCAGGUGGAGGUGAUGAUGAUGAUGGAGAUAAUGAUGACAAUGACAAUCAAGGUGGUACACCUGUAGUACGUGUACCUGCCCCAACUCCACCCACAGAACAAGAAGGAGAUGAAGCUUUUGAAGUUGUUGAACAGCAUGAGCCAAUGGAAAUAGAGCAGUCAAUGCCAGGAAGACCUAUUGGUUUAGAGGAGUUGUUAUCAGGAGGUGUUAACUUCCCUCCAAUGGUAGAUAUACCUCCUGACGCUGAUGAUGAGACAAUGGUAGAACUAGCUAUUGCUCUUAGUUUACAAGAACAGCCUGGAAGUGGAUCUCUUGGUUUGCAGGGUUUGAGAUUGGCUGCAGCACAACAGAUUGAUGAUGAUGAGUUGGAACAAGGACCUCUGUCAGAUACAACAGCCUCAGCCCCUGGCAGUGAUGAUGAGAAUGGUAGUAAUGCUGCUACAGAUGGGUCUACGUUACGUACCUCACCAGCUGAACAGGCAGGAAGUGGUGGAUCAGAGAGUGGCGGCAGUGCUCCAGAAUCUAUAUCUGGUGAUCAAAAUGUAAGUGGAAGAAGUAGUGUUUAUGGAGACAAGGAUAGAGAGACAGGAGGCAGAAGUGAAACUAGUAGUCUAGGGUUACCCAGUACAUCACUACAACAAGAUACAGAUGCUGAUUAUGAUGCUACUCAAAGGUUACACAGCUUGAGACUGAUACUGCUAGAAAGGUUGCUUCAUUACUUACCAGAAAUUAGAGAAGUUGGAGGUGUCAGGGCUAUUCCAUAUAUGCAGGUAUUACUGAUGUUGACCUCUGACCUUGAUAGUGAAGAAGAAAAGGAUAAAGCAGCUCUAGACACUUUGUUGACAGCUUUGAUAAAGGAACUAGACUUGUUUGGACAGGAGAAAGAAAAUGUUGCAUGUAGAAACCAGAGCUAUGAGUUCAAAUUGGUACUUCUACGACUUCUGAGUGUGCUGUUAUCUCGUACUAAGGCAGGAACUAAAGCAUCAGGAGAGUCUUCCUCAUUCAUAAGUAACAGCACAGCAUCAGCCCUUAUUUCCAGUGGUGCUAUAACAUACUGCCUAAACAUACUGAAAAGUCUUCUGCCAUACUGGAAACAGUACUCUCUUCAAGAGAGUGAUGGAAGUCCUGUAACUGGAUGUCUGCUGAAGCCACAUCCAUCACACCCACCACCAGACAUGUCACCAUUCUUCCUCCGACAGUAUGUCAAAGGUCAUGCUAGUGAUGUGUUUGAAGAUUAUCCACAACUUUUAACAGAGAUGGUCCUUAGACUGCCAUAUCAGUUGAAGAAAAUUUCUGAGAGUAACAACAAUGUGAUGCAGACUAACUUUGACAGCACCUGGAAUAACAUUCUGUCUGAGUAUAUGAUGACACAGCAGACUCCAUUUGUAAAGAGACAAGUCAGAAAGUUGCUGAUGUUUAUCUGUGGAACCAAGGAGAAAUACAGAGAACUAAGAGACUUGCAUGCUGUAGAGAUGCACCUAAACAGUGUAAUGAAGCUGUGUAAAGAAGGUGGACUCCCUCUGGAACAAGUGGUAUCACCUGGAAUCAUACUGCCUUAUGAUACACUUCUUAGUAUUAUUGAGCAUCUGAAAGCAUGUUCAGAAGUAGCCACAUCAAGGCCAGUCAACUGGCAGCUGUAUUGUAAAGAUAAUCAAAAUGUUCUGUCAUUCUUGAUAAGAGCCAGUAUAAUGUUGGAUGAAGGUGUAGCCCCUACCCUGCUACAAUUAUUACAGUGUGCCCUCUGUGGGAGUAAGAUGGCUGCAGCUGUUGCUGAAGGAGGAGGAGCCACAAGUUCUCCUUCUAAACAGAAAAAAGACAAAGACAAGGAUAAAGACAAAAAUGAAGAUUCUGAUGAUGGACAGAAAGUUGAUGAGACUCUGUGUGUAAGUCUGAUACAAUUACUGAACAAAGUUGUGGAUCCAGAUUUAAUGAUAAACUUUAUCAGGACUUUCUUACUGGAAUCCAACUCUACAAGCAUCAGAUGGCAGGCCCACAGUCUUGUCUUCUACAUCUACAAAAACUGUACUUUGACUGAACAAGAGAAUAUGAUGGAGAUGAUGUGGAGUUUAUGGAAAGAACUUGCUCUGUACGGUAGAAAAGCUGCCCAGUUUGUGGAUUUACUGGGAUAUUUUGUACUCAAAACACCUCAAACAUCAGAGAAGAAAACAAAAGAAUACUUGGAGAAAGCUAUAGCUGUCUUACGAGAUGAGAACAAUCUAUUGACUAACCACCCCAAUGCACAGAUUUAUAACAUGUUACAAGGCCUGGUAGAUUUUGAUGGCUAUUACCUGGAGAGUGAUCCCUGCCUUGUCUGUAAUAAUCCUGAAGUUCCUUAUACGAGCCUGAAGUUGUCUGCUAUAAAAGUAGAUUCAAAGUUCACCACUACCACACAGAUCAUAAAACUAGUAGGAAGUCACAACAUUUCUAAGAUAAGCUUGAGAAUCAGUGACCUGAAAAGAACUAAAAUGGUUAGAGUGAUCAACUUUUACUACAACAACAGGACUGUACAAGCUGUAGUAGAACUUAAAAACAAACCUGGAAUAUGGCACAAAGCUAAAACAGUGGUUCUGACUUCAGGACAGACAGAUGUCAAGGUUGAAUUCCCUAUUCCGAUUGUUGCCUGUAACUUGAUGAUAGAGUAUGCAGACUUCUAUGACAACCUCCAGGCAACAGCAGAGACAUUACAAUGUCCCCGGUGUAGUGCCUCAGUACCAGCAUCUCCUGGUGUGUGUGGUAAUUGUGGAGAAAAUGUGUUUCAAUGCCACAAAUGCAGAGCCAUUAACUAUGAUGAGAAAGAUCCUUUCCUAUGUAAUGCCUGUGGUUUCUGUAAAUAUGCCAAGUUUGAUUACACACUGACGGCCAGACAGUGUUGUGCUGUAGAUCCUAUAGAAAAUGAAGAAGAUAGAAAGAAGGCAAUUACCACCAUCAAUACACUGCUAGAAAAAGCUGACAGAAUCUAUAAACAGCUUCAGCAACACAGACCAGUACUGGAAAAACUUCUUAUUCAAGUCACAGAGCAUGGGUCAGAAAGAUUGGACGAUGCUCUGCCACAGUCUGGUGGUGGUUCAGCUAAUGUACCAUCUAGCAAUGUCAACAAAGCUAUACAGUCCCUGGCACUCAAGUACUGUAGUGAAUGUAAAUCUUCAUUUGAUGAACUCAGUAAAAUCAUACAGAAAGUACUAGCGAGUCGUAAAGAACUAGUAGAAUAUGAUUGUCAGCAGAGAGAGGCUGUGUCAGCUGCCUCCCAGGUGUCUCCCGUCACCAGCCCAAGAGAUGAUCCUAUGAUAAAGGCCAAACAUGUUGCUCCCUGUAAACCCAAAAUGGGAAAAGACAGUGUGAAGGCCAGUAACUGUUACGGCUGUGCCAGCUCAGCUGUCGAACAUUGUAUCACACUUUUAAGAGCUCUAGUUACCAAUACAAAUCUCAGACAGAUCCUCUGUGGACAGGGUAUGAUAAAAGAACUGAUUGACUAUAACUUGCGUCAUGGAUCUUUACAAGUGAGGACAGAAGUACGAUCAUUAUUGUGUCUCCUUACCAAAGAUAACAGAAGAGGAACUGAAGAAAUGAACAAUUUGAUAAUGACCAGGAUAAGCUCUGCUCUGAAAGGAUACUUGUCAAAUCCAGAUUUGGGAUCAUCAGUACGACAUGAGAUACUUCUUCUAGCGACCUCUCUGCAACAAGAUGACAGCUGUUGGGAACAAAGGAUCAGAUGUGUGAUGAGAUUGUUCCUGAUGGGUAUGCAGAUGAAGAACCCAGUAAUUACAGACUGUGUGACUCUCCCAUGUUUGAGGAUACUGCAGCAUCUCAUUAAAUCAGAUAAUAAAAAGGAGAAACAGGCUACAGAAGCAGAACUGUUAAGACAUCUCUCUGCUGAUCUACAUGUUAAUAGUAAACAUUGGCUAACAGGAGAUCCUAAGCAUUCCUUCCAAAACUGGAGGAAAAUAUUACCCAAGAGAGUGACUCAAGAGAAACUUGAGGGAGAAAAGACUGAGACAAAGCCAGACCAGGAAGAUACUAAAAAAGUCGCCAGAGCUCUUUAUUUAACUGAGAAAUAUGUGGAUAAAUGGAGACAGAAAAUGAGUAAGACACCAGCUGUACACCUGAAACUGACACAAACAACAUGGCUUCAACAAGCCAUGUUUUCUCAGUCAUCUCGUUCCGCUAGACAGACUGCCUGUAACAUUAUCGAGUCCAUUGCUCAGAUUCCCAGUAGGAAGAAGGAGAUCGUUGAUAUGUUAACUAAGUGUCUGGAUGGAAUUGGUAAAAGUGGUGAGAGCAGUUCAGAAUUCUUGGCUUUAUACAAAAAGUUAAUCCAACCAGCUCACUGGAAAUAUUACCUGGCUAUCAAAGGUGUCAUGUUACACCUGGGUGACUUGAUUACAAAGGAAGUAGAGUUAUUACAACAUUUAGAAGAAACAACCCUAAGUUCUGACCUUGCACAAGGAUUUGCUCUAAAGUCACUUACUGAGUUGUUAGCUCAGAUUGUAGAACAAGAUGUACUGAAACAACACUACAAGAACAAACUGGUGGGAUAUGUUCUGAAUGGCUACCUGUCUCUGAGAAAACUUGUGGUACAGAGAACAAAACUGAUAGAUGACACGCAGGAUAAACUGCUAGAGUUACUGGAGGAACUUACAAGUGGUACAGAGUCAGAGACUAAGGAGUUUAUGCAGGUCUGUGUGAAGACAGUGAAGAAAUAUCCUGGUGAUGAUUACAGAUCUCCAGUCUUCAUCUUUGAGAGGCUUUGUAGUAUUAUUUUCCCUGAGGAAAACGAUGUAGAAGAAUUUCUUCUUAUACUUGAAAAGGACCCACAACAAGAAGACUUCCUGCAGGGAAGGAUGCUGGGUAAUCCAUACAGCUGUAACGAGCCAGGUCUAGGGCCUCUGAUGAGGGAUGUCAAGAACAAAAUUUGCCAAGAUUGUGAACUGGUUGCUCUCCUUGAAGAUGAUAAUGGAAUGGAGUUGUUGGUGAACAAGAAAAUCAUCAGCCUUGACUUACCAGUGAAAGAGGUGUAUAAGAAAGUCUGGGCUCCAGAACAUGGAGAGGGAGAACCAAUGCCCAUAAUCUACAGAAUGAGAGGUCUACUAGGGGAUGCUACCGAGGACAUGGUUAACUCCCUUGAUUCAAAAACUGAGGAAGAUGUCGACAAAGAGGAGGUGUACAAGAUGGCAAGUGUAUUGAGCGAGGGUGAUGGUCUCAGGGUUAUGUUGGAGAGACUUGCUUCCAUCAAAGAUCUUGUCCUUGGUAAACAAUUGAUGACUGUUCUGUUGAAGUUGUUCAGUUAUGCUGUAAAUGUUAAAGCAAAUAGACUAGAGCUACUGAAACCUGAGAUGAAUACACUGACUGUUAUGCUGGGUGCACUCAACUUGGCAUUGUGGGCAGAACAAGAGAGUGGUACAAGUGCUACUAAAGGACAGACUAUAACAGAACAGGUUCUACAGAUCAUGGAGGUUAUACUGUUAGAAGCCAGUAACCAACCUGCUGAAAAGUUUAGGGAAUUUUCCAAGUUGUGUGGAGAUAAAGAUCAGUUAAUGUUACUGUUAGACAGAAUAAACAGUCCAUUUGUCAGAUCUAACAACAGUAUUCUCCAGGAACUGAUGAGAUUGAUACCAUUCAUGGCAUUUGGUGAUGAGGAAAAGUUGACAGCACUCAUCAACCACUUCAAACCUUAUCUGGAUUUUGCUAAAUAUGAUGUAGAACAUACUCAAGACGAAUCAGUCCAUAUUGAUUGUUUCUGUGUCAUUGCUGCAGGAAUUGAGAAUAAUGAAAAUGGAAACAAAUUGAAAGAUAUGAUACUGGACAAUGGAAUAGUAAAAUUAUGUAUAGAUUACAUUUUACAAAACUCACCAGUUAUAAAGACAUUGUUGCCGACUGAUGUGGCUAACUGGAAAGAUUUCCUUGAGAAACCUUCCCUGAGUUAUAUCUUGCGGUUACUGACAGGACUGUGUGCUGGACAUACUCCUACUCAGUUGGUAGUCGGGUCGGAGUUGAUAGCAGUAUUGCAUAAGUUAGAACAGGCAUCUUCUGAUCAACAUAUAGGUACUGUGGCAGAGAACUUGUUAGAAGCACUAUCUGGUAAUGAAAAAGUUUCAGAAAAGAUUGAGGAGGUUCGUCAACAAACAAAGGCAGAGAAAAAGAAAAGAGCUAUGGCCAAGAGAGAGAAACAGCUUGGAGCUUUAGGCAUGAUGACUAAUGAGAAGGGUCAGGUUACAGUCAAGAGUUCAGUGUUAAAACAGAUGGAUGAUAUAAAGGAAGAGACAGGGUUAACGUGCUGUAUCUGUAGAGAAGGUUACAGAUGUCAGCCUCAAAAGGUUUUAGCCAUUUAUACUUUUACCAAGAGAGUAAACCUUGAUGAUUUUGAUAACAAGCCACGUAAAGCCAUAGGAUAUUCUACAGUGUCACAUUUUAAUGUCAUCCAUGUAGACUGUCAUACAGCUGCUGUAAGACAUGCCAGAGGAAGAGAAGAAUGGGAAAGUGCAGCCUUACAAAAUGCCAACACUAAAUGUAAUGGAUUAUUGCCCCUUUGGGGACCUCAAGUCCAAGAAUCAGCAUUUGCCACUUGUCUUGCAAGACACAACACAUAUAUCCAAGACUGUACAGGAAUCAGAGAUCCUAGUUAUCCUUACAACAUACACGAUGUUAAACAUCUCAUUCUUAAGUUUGCCCAGGAGAAGUCAUUUAGUCAAGAAAGUGGUGGUGGUGGUCGACAGAGUAAUAUGCAUGUACUGCCAGCCAUGAUACAUAUGGCUUUAUAUGUUAUCAAUACAACAAGAUCUGUCGGAAGAGAAGAGAAGAACUUCAACAAUUUUAUUACUCUACCAAAAGAAAAAUGGUUAGAAAAUAGUUAUGAGACUGAAGGAGCAUUAUAUUGGACUGUGAUGACACUACAUAUACAUCCCUAUAGUAUGUGGAAAGAUACUAAAGUAGAAUUACUCAAGAGAUUACUGGUACUGGCCCAAGCUAGACAUCAAUCUGCCACUGGAUCGCCAAGUUUAUCCAAUAAAACAGUGUUGGAGUACAGUGUAUACAAACCAUAUUUUGUAUUCUUUGGUAUAGUAGACAUGGUGUAUGAUAAACUUUUCAAGAAAGUAACAGUACCUGCAGAUAGCAAUUGGAGUGGUACUUUGGCUGACUACAUUCGUAACAAUGAUAAACCCCUUAUUGAAGCAUGUGAUAAAGUAUUACGUGGAUAUGAAGACGAGUUAUUGCCGUGUGAGUCUGUGGCUGAAGUGAUUGAUGUUCUAGGUUUGUUAUCAGAUAUACCAGACUCGACAGCUUUUAUGACAGAACUGAUGAGUUCCAUGCCAUGAAUGUAGACUUUGUUUUAGUGGAUGCUUCAAUAUUUUUAUAAAGACAUUUGCUUGUGAAUUUUACUUCAUAUAUAAUUGUUCCGAAGUUUACUUCUUAUAAAACUGUUUAGAAUUUUCCUUCAUAGAAAA